AUGGGCAACGAUAUCAGUCUAACACGGAUUGCAGCAUGUCACGUCUCGCCAGUCUUCCUGUCCGCCAAGGAUACGACCCUUAAGGCGAUAUCGCUGAUCCAAGAAGCCGCGGGGAAUAAGGCAAAUCUCGUGGUAUUCCCCGAGUCGUAUAUCCCGGCGUUUCCCAUCUGGAGCGCGCUGCGUGCCCCGACCGAGAACCACGACUUCUUCAAGCGCAUGGCGACAGAGUCCAUCUACGCCGACGGCGAGGAAGUAAACGCAAUCCGCGCAGCAGCCAAGCAGUUCGGCGUGCUCGUCAGUCUCGGCUUCUCCGAAAAAGUCCGGUAUAGCAGCGCGACUCUAUUUAACUCAAACGUGCUUAUCGGAUCUAAUGGCGAGAUCCUAGUUCACCAUCGGAAACUCAUGCCUACGUUUUACGAAAAGCUUACCUGGGCCCCGGGCGACGGACACGGUCUCCAAGUUGCCGAGACGCAAUUUGGCAAGGUUGGAGCACUGAUCUGCGGGGAAAAUACCAAUCCCCUGGCCUUAUACACGAUGACGGCACAGGGUGAGCAGAUCCAUAUCAGUACCUGGCCUGCGGUGUGGCCUACGCGGUUACCGCACGGUGUUGCACCAGACGUCCACGACGCAGAGAGAAAUAAAAGCGACGCGAAAACCUCCCGUUCAAGCGUCGCUCGCGGAGCAGACUACGACAACGUCAGUGCAAAUAGAACACGUGCCGCAGCGCACUGUUUCGAAGCGAAAUGUUUCGGUGUGCUGUGCGCUGGUGUUCUUGGCGAAGAUGCCAUCGCACUAUCUUCAUUCGGUUCUAGCGAGCCGGAGGUAGUGGCGCAGGGACUGGAGCGUUUACCAAGAGGAGCCACGAUGUUCCUAGAUACGACGGGGACCCUACUUCCCGGCUUCACAUUGAAUCCCAAGACUUCAGAAAGGGUGGAAAGGGAUUUCCUCCAGAAGGAAGAAGGAAUCCUAUAUGCUGAUGUUGACUUGGAGGACUGUAUAGAGGGGAAGCAGUAUCACGAUCUUGCGGGUGGGUAUCAAAGGUUAGAUGUCUUUGAGCUUAAAGUUGAUCGCAAGCGAAGACAGCCGGUUACGUUCAAAUGA